ACUGUUGCUUUAACCAAAGUGCUUCAGUCGCCUUCAGCCAGCCAGCAGACCUGUCUGUCCUCACUGCCCUCUCGUCCUGUCAGUUAUGAAAAAUAUACAUUUUAAGGACUUCUUCUGGAACUCUGACCUGACCUCCACUGGUGGCUAUGAAGCAAUCAUCCAGUAUCUCAAUGAUGGCAAGAGGACAUGCAAGGAGGUGGAGGACUUCAUGAAGGCCAGGGCAGCAGUCGAAGAGAAGUACGCCAAAGAUCUCCUCGGUUUGUCCAAGAAGGUGUGUGGACACAAUGAGAUGAACACAUUAAAACGAUCCCUGGACAUGUUCAAAUUACAGACUGAACAUGUGAGUCUAUCGCACUUACAACUGGCGCAGAGUAUGAGGGAGGAGGCCAAGAAACUGGAAGAAUUCAGAGAAAGACAAAAGGAAGCGAGGAAGAAGAUGGAACAGCAGAUGGAUGCUCUCCACAAACAGAAGUCUUCACAUUUCAAGAAGACAAUGGAUUCCAAGAAGACAUACGAGCAGAAAUGUCGAGAUAAAGAGGAAGCCGAUCAGAACGUGAACCGAAACACCAACACCAACAACACCAAGCACAUGGAAAAGCUCUCCACAAAAGCACAGAAUGCAAAACAGACUGCAGAAGAAGCAGACAGGUUAUACCAUCAGAAUGUGACCAUAGUGGGAAGGAUUAGAGAUGAAUGGCAGAAGGAACAUGUCAAAGCCUGUGAGAUGUUCGAGAAACAGUCAGUGGAGCGCAUUAACUUCCUUAGAAACACAGUCUGGACCCACCUCAACCAGCUCUCCCAGCAGUGUGUGACCAGUGAUGAGCUGUAUGAGGAUGUGAGGAAGUCCUUGGAGCAGUGUAAUGUCCAGGAGGACAUUGAACACUUUGUCAACCUCAGGCAGACCGGUGACAAACCACCAGCUCCGGUUAUGUAUGACAACUUCUACAGUGGCCAGAGGCCUCCAGCUGUAGCUCCACCCACUCGACUGCCUCCACCAAUCAUCAGGAGGGGGCCUUUACCUGAUCCGACAAACAACAGCAAGCAAUCUACUCAACGGUGCAGGACGCGGGGUACAGCGUUAUCCAAUACUAGCAUGCAGAUCUGCUGGAGAAGUUAUUGGACAUCCCGUGCAGCGCUGCAGCUGAGACGUUACAGAAGUCUCAUCAGUUCCUCUUUUUACAAUCAGGUCGCACCAGAUGGAAACGAGUGUCAUUACAUAUGCGUACAUACAUAUUUUUAGACACGGUUCUGUGGUAUUUUCAGUUUUAUAAUGAGAACAGUAAAUUAAGUGUUUUGUGCUGUUCUUAUUAUAAAAAUAAUACACAAUGUUAUUGUGUAUUCUUUAAUUGUUAAAUAAACAGGCUAAAAUGAGGACUUUAGCUCAGUACAAUUAGAAAAGAAAUAAAACAGUGCAGUUAAGGUAAUUGCCGUCGAGAUAUAGAGCCUAUUUACUGUGUUUACAUUGUUCAAGGCUCUAUCUUCUAGAUAAUUACAUCUUAACGUAGCUUCCGUUCUGUAUUUAUUUGUUUGUGGAGCUAUGCUUUUCUCAAAUAAUUAAAUAGAGAUUCACAAAAUCAGGUAAACUGAGAUUUGCUUACUUGUUUUCAUUUACGCUCUGAAAAACGUAUGAUUCUAAGACUCACACACUCAUUUACCGACAGUGAGCAGAAUGUAAAUUGCUAAAGACCUCGUCUAGCUUAUUUCUUUCCAUGAAAGUCCUGUUUUCUGAUAUUCAACCUGCAUAAUGCCAGUUUGACAGUUUUAUGCGCUGGACAACCGGCUAAUUUUCUAUUGUAAGAAAGGUAGAUUCAGUUCUCUGCCCUCGAUUUACUAUCAAGUAAUUCAAAUGUGUGACGAUGACAUUCAAAAUGUUCCUAAUACUUGAGGAGGAUUGUUAGAAUAUUUGCACCUUGAGUAUACUUUAUUUAUGUGAACACAUCACUUGCAGAAAUUGCUACAAGCUGUGAUUAAUUCUGAAACUGGAGAACUACAAGGAUUAAACAGCAUUUCACUGUGCAACUGA